AUGAAUUUUAACAGAUAAGAGUCACUUUCAAGAAGAAACACAUUAUUGUCUCGUCCAAAUAGAUUGUAUUCAAUCUAGGAUAGAAAUUAAACUGAGGAUCUUAAAAUUUUAGUCGAAUUAUCAUGUAGAAAAAACUCUAUCUAAGAUCAUCCUUCAACUCUUAGACAACCAAAUUCAUAAAGAAGUUAAUUAUAAAAAUAUCGAAAUCUUUAUUUAUAUGAUAAAAAGCUUUUCAAAAAUAGAAGGGAAUCUAAAUCAUCGAAAGAAAACUGCUAUGAACAAAAAGAAUCUAAAUUCUCAAUCAAAUAAUAAAUGCCAUAAUCUCAUAUUAAUUAAGAAGAAGAAAUGAAGAUUUUUAAACUUAAAUUAAUGAAAUCAGAAGUUAUUAGAAACAGGAUUCCUGAAAGUUCAAAAGAUGCAAAACCAAUAAAUUUUCGUAAUAAUAAAAAAAUAUCGAAUCUAAACCUUGAACCUCUUAAAUUCACAAACUUAAUCGUUUUACCUUCUGUUAGAGGUUGGGAUAAUAAUAACUAAAGCUCGUAUAGAUCUAAUUGA